AUGCCCAAGUCGACGAUAAGGAUCCCGAAACAGGGUGCUGUGCGGCGCAUGGUCUCGCACGCGCGAUUUCCAACAUCUGUGUCGUCCAGUCGAGGCCUGCUCGAAAUCGUUUCCUCUCCUAGCACUCUGGCUGCGUUCUCAGCCAUCCCCGUCGUCUCUAGCCCACUCACGCUGCCGCCGUGCGCCUUCGUCGCAGCAGAGCAUUUGAUCUUGGGCGAUCGGCUACCUCGUUCGUUGAAUCAGCGACGAGCACGUGCGCAGUCCUGGCGCACGGGUGGUCUCAUCUCUAGCAGCUCGAGCAGGGCUGCGGACGGAUCUGGUGUACAGAGACUGAGGCUGGAGCUAGUCGUCAAGGCGCUGAAAGUCCGAUGUCCCAGUGAUGUCCCCUCAUCGCGAGCAGGAUGGCGAGAGUUCAUGGGCCGCGUUGUACUUGGGCGAAUGUCACAUAUCCUUUGGUACCUUGGGGAUGCAUUCCUUGCUGAGCUUUUCUCCAGUUCUCAAGCUGUCUCUAUAAUCCACACGCUGCACGAGACUCAGGUGACAAAUAUCAUAGGCCUGGCUCUUUCGGAAGCUGCGACGGGCGUUGAGAAUCGUUCCAAUGCCACAAACACGCGCAUCGCCCAAUCGUAUCAUCCCACGCGGCUUCAUAAACGACACAAGAAGCCUAUCCAUCUAAUGCACCCCUUUCACUGGAGGCGCUAUCCGUAUCCUCAGGAGCGACCAUGGCGAUGGAUCAGCCUGUUCAGCGCUGACGAAAUUGGUGACUCUGCCAUGGUUCUCGUCUUUAGAAGCAUCACAUAUGUGGUAUGGAGCAGAGUGACAAAGUGGCCAAGGUCCAAGGAGACGGGGUGGAUGCCCUAA